UCACCACAGCGUUUCCCACAGCGUUUCCCACACCUUUCCCCAUACCGUUCCCACAGAGGGUUCGGAGCUUCUUCAGAGCAGUUCCUUCAAAACAGUUCUUCUUAACCAGAAACCAUCAUGGAGGCGCAGAUGCCUGCAGAGGUUGCUUCCAUCAACUGGAAUAACGUGAAGCCCCAAAUCGUCAAGGGUAAAGUGGCAGACUUUACUCUUGAAGAUGCCGGGGUACAGAGGGUUGAAGACGGUGCUCGAGGUUCUCCUAUGAUCGACAGGGAUUAUAUCCUUGAUCGGGUCCAGUCCAAGAGUUCCAAUGACAAGAUUCGAGAUUCCCACACCGAUAAGGUCAAAGGUGCUGCUGCCUUUGUCCUCGGUAAACGUGAGCACAGAAGUGCCAGUACCAGUAGUGCCAGCAGCAACAGCAACAGCAACAGCAACAGCAACGAAAGCAGUCGAGAUUCCCACACUGACCUAAUCCGGGUUCAAGGUGAUGCCCCUAGUCCUGUCUCUGAUGACGCCGCGCCCAUCGAGGCUAAGGCAUCGAAGAAGCGUCGGGGUAAGAAGCACGCUCAGAAGCAGAAUAAAAGGCAACAGCAACCGCAACAGCAACCGCAACAGCAACCGCAACAGCAACCGCAGCAGCAACCGCAGCAACAACAGGGGAAACAACAUCAGGAACAGUUUCAACCUUCUAUCCAAACAUACCAAGACAGUCGAUUCGACAGAGUACAGGCCGUACGCCCACACGCAGGCGCGAUUACAUAUGCUGUGGAGAAUGAGAAAUCCUCAAACAACCGCCAUGUUUUCUGGGUGGACGGAUCGACAGCUGCUGAUCAGAUCGCACCAUCUGGGGCUGCAAUCGUCUGGGACAAGCUGCAGGGCGGUGAUUUGGCCGAACUGAUGUAUGUCGUCGAUGAUGCCCGUCUCAGCCAGCAAGGUGAGUUGUUUGCCAUCGGGGCCGGACUGAAAGCCGCAGUCCAUAGGUUGGAGAGGCUUGAAGCGUCAGGUCAUACCGUCCGGGUCUUCACUGAUUGCAUGUCCGCUAUGACUAUGCUCCGACCGGAUUCAAAAAAGCCCAACCCGCUCGCAGACCGUCUGGUGGAUCUUAUUGAUGCGCUCUCAUACCGACUAUCCACGAUGGGAGUCAAGAUCGAAAUUCAUUGGGUUCCCGGACACGAGAACAUCGAAGGCCACAAACGAGCCGAUUUGUCGUCGAGGACAAUCACCAAAUUCCUGACAUUGGGGCUGGGCCACCAACUGCAUAAGCUCCCUGCACACAGAGUCGACUGUGCCUUUCUAGAGCUGUGUUGAGAAACAUAUGACACACGAAGGUGUCUGUAUAUAAACUGGUAAGAUAUCGAUGAUUAUUGUUGUUAUAUUGCCCCUCAUGAAGUUCGCUCAUCUAGUAACUAAUCAGUCGAUCGCCCAGAACAAAGCAAUAC